AUGGGACUCCUGCGCCUCGUGCUCUUGGGCUUUGCGGCUACCGGUGCUGAAGGGGCGGCCUGCAACCCGGUGGAUUCCUGCCCACAGCUAUCAGACGGUCUCUACUGCCCAGUCAACGAUGUCACGGAGCACGCAGACAUCAAUCGCGAUGUCGCGUUGAUCAAGAGCUACUUGGCCGAGGAUCCUAUGAACUACGCCAUGGCAAAGGAGGUCUACACCAUGGGCAACUUCUCUUCAAAGGGCGCGGGUAACAUGCGAACCCUUCAAGAUUUGGCCUUGAAGGACAUGACGGUAAGCGGGAAGUACACCAACGUGUUCUACUCGGGUGCGCUGAGCCUCUACGGCUCGAUUUCCGCCAUUUGGCAUGAUUACAUCAUUGCCUGCCUUGACAACACCGGCAUGUGCAAGGACAAGAGUGACUCCUUCAGGCAGUAUGUGAUCAACAAAGCCCUUAUUGGUGUUGUGACCGCCUAUGCUACGUACGAGUUUGGUGCAGCGGUGUGGAAGGGUGCAAACGGUGAGACUGCGGAUGGUCAGGCAGCAUAUGCCUGGGACGAGGGCGCUGCGUUCUACAUCGGGAACAUCGCGCCAGUUGUAGGUGACGGAAUCACAGGCGGUGCUCCAGGAAAUCUCUACUCCCCAUAUGAGUUCAACUGGAAGCGCGAUUUCGACUACCCUGAUGGCACCAACACACACGCAGAAGCUGUGAAGAUCUUGAACUACGGCCUGAUCAACCUCCGCGGCGCUGCUUACAACGGGGACAAUGUGAAAGCAGCCGAGUUGGGCAUGUACAAGAUCUUCUCUAUUGCCCGCAAUCCGCAGCGCCAUCAAGUAUGCUGA